CAACAACACUGAAGCGAUCCAGCCAGUCUCGCCCCUUCGCUCUACCAGCAGCAGCAGCAUCAUCGUCGUCGUCGUCCCCACCGGGUCCGGUGGCAGCGAGGAUGGUUCAGUCCAAAAGCAGCCGGAGAUGCGAAGGACAGUGACAAGGCAAUGGCCCUCGAUGUACGCAAGUUCCCGAACCCACGACCAGUGACCAAGUGAAUCGACCGUGGCAGGAGAACACUUGACCAUGUUGCUCUGAGUUGUGACCUGUGGCGAACGGGGGAGGAGGAAGAGGGGGGGGAGGAGGAGGAGGAGGAGUGAAGAGCAAAGAGGCAGACGAGGCACAGCUCCCCUUCGGUGGUCCUUUUGCAAACUUGAAGCCAUGGGCAACACAGCCACCAAGUUCCGUAAGGCCCUGGUGGGUGGCGACGAGGCCCUGGCCUGGCAGCUGUACGAGGGCAACCCUCAGUUCAGGGACGGCCUGGACCCGAAUGCAUCGUACGGAGAGCAGUACCAGCACAACACGCCGCUGCACUACGUCUGCCGCCACGCCAUGACACGUCUGCUCAGGUCCUUUCUGUUUAGUAAAGAGGGGAAUCCCAACAAGCGCAAUGUGCACAACGAGACGUGCCUCCACGUGCUGUGCCAAGGCCCACAGAUCCUGCUGCUGCCGGAGGGAGCGCUGUCGCCGCGACUGGCCCGACCCCAGAGGGACGAGCAGCGCCGAGCCGACUCUCUGCAGAUGAGCCUCAGUUGGACCGGUGCCAGGCUGGAGGGAGGCCAGUACGAGAAGGCCAAUGUCAACGCCACCGACAACCACCACAGCACCUGUCUGCACUACGCUGCAGCUGCAGGCCUGAAGAGCUGUGUGGAGCUGCUAAUCCAGAGCGAUGCAGACCUUUUUGUGGAGGACGAGGACAAGUUGACGCCAUGUGACCAUGCCGAGCGGCAUCACCACACCGAGCUGGCCCUCAGCCUGGAGUCACAGAUGGUUUUCUCCUCCUCUUCAGCUCAGCAGUCAAACACGGACGCUCAUGGUGAAACCAACCUGCUGCAGUACAAAGAGCCUUAUGAGGGACUGAAACUUCAGGACCUGCGCAGACUAAAAGACAUGCUGAUCGUGGAGACGGCAGACAUGCUGCAAGCCCCCCUCUUCACUGCCGAGGCCCUGCUCCGAGCACACGACUGGGACAGAGAAAAGCUUCUGGAAGCGUGGAUGUCGGACGCUGAGGGUUGCUGCCAGCGCUCCGGUGUGACCAUGCCCACCCCACCACCCAGCGGGUACAAUGCGUGGGACACCCUGCCCUCACCUCGCACCCCAAGGACCCCGCGCUCACCGCUCACGCUUACCCUCACCUCCCCGACGGACAGCUGCCUCACACCUGGAGAGGAGAGCCUGGCUUUGUGUGGGAUCUGUCUCUGCUCCAUCUCAGUGUUUGAGGAUCCAGUGGAGGUGUCCUGUGGACACGAGUUCUGCAGAGCGUGCUGGGAAGGGUUCCUUAAUGUAAAGAUUCAAGAGGGUGAUGCACACAAUAUCUUCUGCCCGGCCUAUGAGUGCUACCAGCUGGUGCCGGUGCAUGUGAUAGAAAGUGUAGUUUCCAGGGAGAUGGACCAGAGGUAUCUACAGUUUGACAUCAAGGCGUUUGUGGAGAACAAUCCUGCCAUCCGAUGGUGUCCUGCAGCACGUUGUGAGCGGGCGGUGCGGCUAACUCGACCGGGCCCGGGGGAUAGUGACCCACACAGUUUUCCUCUGCUGCCCUCCCCAGCUGUUGAUUGUGGCAAAGGUCACCUCUUCUGCUGGGAGUGCCUUGGCGAGGCCCAUGAGCCAUGUGACUGUCAGAUGUGGAGGAACUGGCUCCAGAAAGUUACAGAGAUGAAGCCUGAGGAGUUGGCAGGUGUGAGUGAUGACUAUGAGGAUGCUGCUAACUGCCUAUGGCUGUUGACCAACUCAAAACCAUGUGCCAACUGCAAAUCGCCCAUUCAGAAGAAUGAGGGAUGCAACCAUAUGCAGUGUGCUAAGUGCAAGUAUGACUUCUGUUGGAUAUGUCUGGAGGAGUGGAAGAAGCACAGCUCAUCAACAGGAGGCUACUAUCGCUGUACUCGCUAUGAGGUCAUCCAACAGCUAGAGGAGCAGUCCAAGGAGAUGACUGUGGAGGCAGAAAAGAAGCACAAAAGUUUUCAGGAGCUGGAUCGUUUCAUGCACUAUUAUUCUCGCUUCAAGAACCAUGAACACAGUUAUAAGUUGGAGCAGAAAUUGCUAAAAACAGCCAAAGAGAAGAUGGAGCAGCUCAGCAGGGCCUUCAUUUGCCGUGAAGGAACUCCUCCGGACACGCGUUUCAUCGAGGACGGCGUGAGUGAGCUGCUGAAGACGCGACGCGUCCUAAAGUGCUCUUACCCAUACGGCUUCUUCCUGCAGCAAGGCAGCACCCAGAAGGAGAUAUUUGAGCUAAUGCAGACCGACCUGGAGAUGGUUGUGGAGGACCUGGCCCAGAAGGUCAACCGGCCGUACCUGAGGACUCCGUGCCACAAGAUUACCAGUGCAGCACGUCUGGUGCAGCAGAAGAGGCAAGAAUUCCUGGCAUCAGUGGCCCGAGGUGUCGCGCCCAACGAUUCUCCCGAUCCGCCCCGCAGAAGUUACCCAGGAGGAUCAUGGGACUGGGAGUACCUUGGCUUCGCCUCCCCUGAGAUGGGGAGUCGUCACUCUGUACUGGGAGCAGGAGAUCCGAGAGAGAGACAGUCACAGGAUUAUGCUGACAUCCAGUACCGUCGCAGACACCGGCCACGGCGCAGAGGAGACAUGCUGAGUCUGCACAACCUCAGAAGCAGCAGCAACACACCAGAGACCAGUAGGAGGAGUGACAUCACAGAAAAUCCAGAGAGGAUUGAGGGCCGCAGAAGAGUGCUGGGUUUGCUGGAUGAAGACGAUCCGAACAUCCUGCUGGCCAUCCAGCUGUCCCUUCAGGAGUCUCGCCGAGAGCGAGGCCUGGAGGGGGGGACAGAGGGGAGAGUGGAGCUGGACCGUGGACCUGAUAGAGGACAGCAGAGGAUGCGGAGACCCUCGGGGGACCCGGGUGAUGUUGCCCUGCAGUCUCUAAACACAGAAGGUCCUCCAGGAGCCAGAGGCUCCUCCUUCCCCGCUGCUCUCCAGAACCCUCCUCGACCCCCUAACAGGACAGACUCCACCUCUCAUCCUCCCAUGUCAAACCCUCUCCCGCUCCCUCCACCUCCUCCCUCCCUCAGUGCAGAGCUGCUGGAGCUGGGAGACAGCCUUAUGAAACUGGGGAGCAUAACCACUCCUUAUGACCUAGACACACACACGCAGGAGCAGCUGUGCUCUCACCACGCAUACAACCACAGAACACACAGCACUCCUUACACCAUCGAACCCACUUACAGCGACGUCAGCCACAGACCGGAACAAGACCCACAAACCACUACAUACGUGCUCGACCACAUUGCCACUACUGAACCCAGUUACAGCCACUCCAGCGGUUAUUUGUCCGAGGCUGAACACACUGCCUCUUGCUCACAUGAACGCACCCAAGAACCGACUCACUCUGGUUCGUGUAACCGGGAGCAACGUGACGUCACGCCGGGACCGGACAUCUCCUACAACCCAUGCCCCGAACACAUCGGCCCGUACACUCAGGAGCGCACCGCUGCCUACGCUCCCGAACGCCCACCCAGAUCAGAGCCCCAGCCCCUUGCCCAGUUGUGCCUCCCGUCUCCAGAGCUUGAGCCGGAGCUGCUGCUUUCACCGGUGAUCCCCCCGGGGGGGCCUUUCACCCCCAGUGACCCGCAGAGUCUGGAGCCCCUGGACCCAACAGCCAGUGCCCAGCUGCUGGACAACAUCAUGGCCUGGUUCAACAACAACAUUAACCCCCAGAACAACCCCCAGAGCCUGGCCCUCAUCCCCUCCCCACCCACCACAGAAACGGACUCCUCUCCUGACACACACACUGAGACUGAGUCAGAGAGCCAGACCUCCAGGGGCACGACCCCCGGCCCGCUCUGGCAGCCCCUGGAGGGCGAGCCAGAAGCAGGGGGUGGGUCGGCGAGCCCCUGUCGAGGCGCAGAGGGCCUGAAGACGUCGAGGCCCAGCACUCUGGAGCUAGAAAAGGGUGCGGACGCAGGGUGCGUGUCUGAACUGUCGCUGGACGAAGCGCACGCGCACCCGCGUUCGCACUCGCAACGCGGAAACAGUCCCGCACACACUGCCCCGGCCGCAGAGAGAGACCUGGACCGCAUCCUUCAGCUAGAGGGAGAACAGUCACCUGUGGAGUGGGAGGAACAAGUACACCUGGUGUGACAGCGACAUUACAAUGCGGAGUGAACAUCCAGUACAAGAAGAGUGAGAAGUAAAAGAGGGGAGAAAAUCUUUUGAAGUGCUUACUGUAUGUAUUAUACUGUAUCUAGAGAGGACAUGAAACCCUGGGGAUUGGGUCCAGUAAAGAUGAUGUCAUACGCUGAUACAAGUGCUUUUGUCUGCUCUAAAAACAAAAUAUUUGAAGUACAUCAAUGGAAUGCUACUGAUUUCAUAACACAUGAAAUGCUGCACAUGUUUUUGUUUUCUUACUUUAUUUAUUUCCUGUAUUUGUCUUGUCAGUCUGUCCAGGAUGAAGUUUUGGUGCUGAAAUCCAAACCUGCCUCACUUUAGUUAACACGCCGACCCGACCGCAAGCUUCCUGGAGCCAAAUAUGAUAACUGUAACCUCGGAGCUUGUUCAGUGUACUGUACAACCACAUGGGCCUAAUUCUGAAUUUUGGCCCUUUGUGCACACUGUGCCUGUUUUGUUAGAGAGCCGACACACUACGGAUGAUUUCUUUUGGCAGGCCGCAAAGUACGGCAAUAUACCUGUCUGCUCAGUGAACGUCAGGCUAGUGCAACGUGCCAUCUGGAUUUAAUGACGGCUAUAAUUAUUUUGUAAAUCUCCAGCAAUUACGUAAGAGAUAUAAUCUUGUCCCUCUGCACGAGGAGGUCUGAGGUCAGAGGUCAGAAUUCAGCAUCAUGCAUUCUUGUGAGGGGGAAUUGAACCCUUUAUUUUUGGCUGCACCACUCUGCUACCCAUUCCAUUAAAUUCUAUGAGCUUGAGAUGCGCUUUCAUUUAAGUGUCCUCUGUAUUGCAGUAUUUUACACCUGCUUUGGCUCAGUUUUGGCAUUGUGCAAAAUGUUAUAUUAAUGACAAUUCUUGCCUCAAAAUAUUUAUCAAAUUAUGUAUCUCAUCAUUGUUGAAUCACAUUUUCAAACAUGGAUUUUAUUAAAUUAUGCAAUCAGAGAAAUUAAUACUGAAGCAUAUUUUUGUGUGAAAUCAAUCUUAUCAAUUUGUCAGUUAACACAUUGAUAACUGAGCCAAAGCAAUCAGAAUACUGUAUAUAAAAACAUAAAUUCUCUUUGCUUAUCACUUUAUCAUUUUUAUUCCACUACUGAUGGCUAGUGCAGUGUGCUGUUUGAUAGAUGAGCGCUGGGUUGGGGUUUACUGUAGUUUAUCCUCUUCUAUUUCUUUAUUUAUAUAGGGCUGUUUUUUUCAGUUUAGACCAGCGUUGUCUGUCCGUGUGCCUUUUUUGUUUCAAUCAUAUUUGUCUAUUUUUUGGUAUUUAUUACUGUCAUUGCUUUUAUACAUGCAAAACAAGUUGUCUGAGGAUUAAUGGAGAACACACUACUUUGGCAGUUGCCACACACUGAGGUUCUUGAUGCACGUUAGUAUUGUUUUUUCUCACACCACAGGUUUAUCAUAUUUUAUCGUAUCCCUGAAAACUGAAUUGCAGAAAAGUGAAAUAAAUGUGUUAAUUAUUUACACUUCACACACUGGUUUCCACUAACAGUGUUAUCUCCAUGUUGUUCAAAUGUGGCCUUUGAUUUUUUCAAAAUGCUCUCAAUCUUUUUAUCUUUAAACUUUAUUGCCCAACUGGAAUGUUUACAAGAUAAUUAAGCACUGCCUGUUGUGUUAAGAUAUGGUGCUGCUGGGAAUGAAAUCAUAAUAAUGGAGCGUGUUUAUAAUCAUACAUUCAUGCCAAUCCCACAAAUGUUGAGAUAUCCUUUUUAGUUGAAAUCUGUGUGUCUGCAUUAAAUGUGCCAAUUAUGCAGAAUGGGAUUUGAGAAAGUGCAUCACUUACAAUUGAAUAUUAAGCUUGUUUAAAAUGUGAGGUCCCGCGUGCUCCACUGACGUGACAAAAGCCCUAAAAUAACCACUUUUUCUUUCUAUAUUCGACAUUAAACUGUGAAGGCGAUAGACUGGUUUUUAGGUGCUGAUGAAGACCUUUCAUGAGGCCUGCUGAGAUGUGAGGUCUGCUCGUGUCGCCUAUAAACACUUCAGACUGUGUUUCUUAAGGAAUAGUUAACCAUUUACUUUAGGUAACUAUAGGAUACAAAACAGAAAUGGGGACUCUUUUAAUUUGCACAAGCAUGCUGUGUUGCACUAAUCAGGUGGAUGGAUGUGGAAGGAUGAUUAGUGUUCUUUUAUUAUUUUCUUUCUUGUGUUGAUUUAGAAUUUCAUUUAUGGUGUCAUGGGAUGUAUCAUUUGGUAGGCCAUAUAUCAUUUAUAUUUUAAUGAUCCCUCAUAAACCCACUUGGGAAUAAUAGAAAAAUGAAAUUGCACUUGCAUAGAUUAUACUUGAUACAUUCCCAGUCGAUCCAUAAGAAAGGUUUGAUGCGUGGCCAAAACUGUAAAGGAAAGUGCAAAGUUUUCUCUCAAUAAAAACAACUGAAAGAUU